CACAUUUGACUCUCAAAGUGUCUAAUCAGACGCAGGUUCUAGAAUUCGUUUGGACCGUUCAUGAAGGACUUCUCCAACCCUACUUGACGAUUGAUUCGACGUCGCUCUUGAACUUCAUGGGAGGCUUGCUGGACUCGCCACCAACCUGGGCUUGUGCCAGACUCGUAGAGCUCUGCACUCUGCAACUGAAGAGCGAUUUGGCGCGCACUCUUUGGAGGAGUCCGCGAGCCCUCAACGCUGGCCCCUCGCGGGUGACGGGUGACGUUAUCGGAACCGCGAUAUACCUCGAUUUCGCGUUGGCUUCAUACGAAGCUUACUUCGCGUAUUCCCACAAGGACCCGGUAUACUUUGGCGAGUCGGAUGAAGCCGCAAUAUCUUCUGAUCACAGAAUUCCAAAUCCUCGGUUCUACAUUAAACAGAUCAUGCAAGGAGAGGAUGCCAUCUCGCUGGCAGGUAUCAACAGUUUUGUAAAAACGUUGGAAGCUUCCGAACCGAAGAAUGAUUCACGGAACUGGCGGCGGGAACUGCGAAGCAUCUUAAUCAGGAUAGACUACAUGCUUUCCGAGAGCCACAAGAGAAACGCCCUGCUGAUCAAGCCGUUGCUGACGGUACUAGAACGUUUGCGCGAUCUGGCUGCCGGGAAUGAUGAUAAGUACAUGAUGAGAGUCAUCGCUUGGAGAUCGCACAGGUUGGCAUGGCUAGUCGAUACGGAGGCCCAGGCGACAUUACUACCAACGUCUUCUGCCGCGGUGGUUACGAAGUCCUUACGGGAUAGACGCCGGGGUUUGCUACGUUCCGACCGUGUUCCUUCCGGUGUGUAUAAUGACUUUUUGGCGCGCGAGUGGCUCCACGCCCACCCCUCGGUCAUGGACAGGCGGGGUAUCUUCACCGACCCAAUGCGGUGGAAUAACAUUCCCUCGCGCUCCUUACCGGCUUCAUCGGAGCUGGCUCUCCUCAGCGAGGACUCCGAUUGGAGCCAGGACUAUCCCCUCGAAUAUGGGGCAGCUCGGAACCAAAGAGAUAUCUUCAGCAAUGAGUCCGCCUGGGCUGAGAGCUCUCUCGUCAGCGACGAAUCACUGAAUAGUCAGGAUGUCCUCUCCAGCGACGAGCGAGAGUACAACGUGAUGCAGCCGCCAGUUGAUGCCAGCAAGACUCAACCUGUGCGAGCAAACGCACGAUCUGAAGGAGUGAAAUAGACUUUCCCGCAAGCAGGCACUGGGAGUACGAGGAGGCGAGAAUGUACGCCAUUGCCUGCUGCAACAUCCGUAGUAAUGGAGCAAAGG